CGAACGAACCGUGUGACUCCUACUUUUGUCCGUCCCCCAACCACUCCAGAUUGUCUACAAAACACAUUCUAAUAGUCUGAUUCCUGAACACCUCUAGUUUACGCAUCCGACAUUUGUCCUUUGCGAAACGCAGAAUUUGCGUUGCGGACAUCCAUUCCGAGACGGUCGUCGGAGCGACACGUUCGUCGGAAUGAUGUUGUGGUGGAACCGCCGUUCCCGGAUCGGCUACAUUGGCAUACCGGCGGUACUGAUAGGAAUCAUGACAAGUAGCGUCAAUACUUAUGCCGUUUCCCUCCGCACUAUUCCCGUCUUUUCGACUCCCGUGGCGGCCCAAAUGGGCGAGUCGGCCCUCCGACAGGUGGAAUUCUUGGGACGUCUCGUCUCGGAAAAGGAACAAGAAAUACAGCAACAGCAAGCGUCAAUACCCAACAACCGCGGUCCCAUCAACGUCGACGGGACGGGGAAAUCCGUUUAUAAUACACAAAAACGAAUGUCGUUGGAACGACCCAGUCUAUCCGAUCGACCGGCACCCAAACAACGACAAGUUUGGGAAGCUUUGGAAAGCUUGGAACAAGACAUGCAACUUCUGGAUAACCUUGCCGGACAGCGACCUCAACUAUCGGCUCUCGAAGCGGUGCUGCUUUCAGCGGCGGUAUUAUCCGCGGCCGGUGGCCCAUUGCUCUUGGGUGGGCACAUUACGGAGUUUUUGGCCCCUUUCGCCGCCGCCUUUACCGCCGCCAUUGGGAUUGGGGCCGAGUACACGGGCAAGGUGGCCGUCGCCGACGGCAAAGAAAUCGCCGCUUCCACCAUUCAGUGCGCGGCUGAAGCCGAAGGAUAUCUAGCCAACGCCGAGAGGGCCAAAGCAAUUACGCCACUGUGUGUAGGUAUCGGCGCGACGGCCGCGACGUUUGCCUUACUCGUACCGGUCUUGUUGGAUUCCAUCGGGGCCGCCACUAAUUUGCAACUCAUGACGGAAAUAUAUUUGUGCUGCCCGCUGAUUUCGGUACUGGCCGCCGCAGUGGCUUCCUUGGCUCUACAAGAAACGCGAUCGUUCUCGGAGAAGGCCAUUGGAAUCGGCAAUCGGCGUUUUGCGCGAUCCGGACUAGUAGGACGUACGUGGCUGUCGUCGACGGAGUUGAUCGAACGCAAAAGUGCGUCGGCAGCCAACCGCUGGAGAACGUUUUCGCUUUCCGUAUUGCCCGCUCCUCUGAUAGGAGCGCUGGUCCCGGGAGCCUUGCCGACCAAAACAAUCAUCGUGGCCGCCCUAGCAGCGGCCGAAUCCGCCUUUUUCCUGGCGCAGUGUGAAAGUGUCUUGAGUCGAGCCACCGACGCGGUUGCCUUGAAAGCCCGCAGUGCGGCGGUUUGUGAUACGUAUGCAAAUCAGGGGGCACGGAGUGCGGCCAUUCUACCCUUCACUUCCGCGCUGGCAUCCUUGUGUGCCGCCGCGACGGCCGCAAUGGUCGAAUUACCCUUUAUUGAGACUCUGUUGUCCACGGGUACGGUCGCCAGUACGGCGGCGUCCAUGGUGACGGUUGCCAUUUUUCCAGCGCUGUCCGCACUCUUUGCGGCCGCGGCGUCUGUUUCCAAAGCGCGGUGUGAAGUAGACGCCGAAGCGGCAAUGCAAGCGGCAAGCACGAUUGCUUUGCAGUACGAAGAUCAGGAAGAGGACCCGGUCCUGAAACCGUUCCGAGCCGUUCGUGAACUGAUUCGUUUGACCUUGGCCAAUUCGAUUAAGGAACCUUUGCGAAGGCUGUUUCGGCGGUAUAAUUUCCGUCGUCGCUUUACUGUGCUUCGAAAAUGGUUCCGUAGAGACGUUCUGCGUCGAAGCAAUGGAACUCGAGGACCCACCCCAUCGGCUGCCUGA